GAUUUUUGACGCAGUCAAAGUCAAGUGCUGAGAUUUAGUUUUGGUGUCUUUGGAAGAAAUUGUUUGAAAUGAAACGUACUUAAACACUAUCAAGAAACUUUAAAAAAUGGUGUUUUAUAAUUAAUUUACACAAAACCACGAAGACGGUCUCAUAAAGUCAAAAUGCUCCCGAAUAAGGCAAAAUUUCGAUGUUGUUAUGCAUCACACAAAGAAGAUUCUACUCACCAACAACGUAUAAGAAAGUAACGCAUUGUCUUUUUGAUAUGGACGGCACAGUACUAGAUUCAGAAUACCUGUACCAUAAGAUCAUAGCGGAUAUUUGUGAACAAAACGGAGCGACCUACACCAAGGACAUGAAAGUCAGGCUGUAUGGCGUGACAGAGCGUCAGAUCUGCGAGGCGCUGGUGAAGGAGCUGAAGCUGAAGAUCUCGGUGGACGAGUGCGAGCGCCAGCUCAAGGAGAAGUCGGAGCGCAUGAUGCCCAGCGCGCCCAUCAUGAAAGGAGCGGAGCGGCUGCUGACGCACUUCUUCGACCACAAGGUGCCGAUGGCGCUGGCCACCAACUCCACGGAGCAGGCAGUGCGCCUGCAGGCCGUCGCGCGCCCCAAGCUCUUCGCCAUGUUCCACCACAAGGUGAGCGUGUGCGACCCCGAGGUGAAGGUCGGCAAGCCGGACCCCACCAUAUACCUGGUGGCCGCGUCGCGCUUCCCCGACAAGCCCAAGCCGGAAAAGUGCCUGGUGUUCGAAGACACAGCGGUGGGCGUGCGCGCCGCAGUCGACGCCGGGAUGCAGGUGGUGAUGACGCCGGACCCGCGGCUGGAGCGCGAACAGACGCGGCACGCGACGCUGGUGAUCCGUUCGCUGCUGGAGUUCCGGCCCGAGCUGUUCGGGCUCGCGCCCUUCGACGACCGGCCCGAGGAGCCCAAGCGCCGCAUCCAGCUGGAGGACGACCCGGACAAGAAGGAGACUGAGAAGGAGAUGAUCAUACUCAACAGCGCUCGGACGCCGCCUAAAAAAGAGUCCAACUAAUGGAAAGGCAAGAAAUUUGUUAAUUGCAACAUUGCUUUAAAGAUUGUUACAGGCGUCUAGUCAAGGGGCAUCAAUGAAGCUGUAGGUUAUACUGGAGCCACCACUGGAAUGAACUUGUUGCUUUUCAAGGCGCAAGAAAGAGAUAGCAAUAUUAUUUACUUAGCAAUGACGGGUCCUGUAAUAUCUAGAUUCAUUAUCAAAAUGUUGACAUUUGUAUAUCCUGCGCUCAAGCAUAAAACAGUCAAAAUUUUUUUUGAAAACUAACCUUUCAUAACACCAGCGCCCCUGAUGGCGAAUUCGGUUGCGUGAGCUCAAAUUUGUAAUCUUUAGCUACAUCAGAGAAACAAAAAUAGUAAGAGAUUCACUUUUAAACUGAAUACGUUUUGAUCUCUUUCUGUUACAGCCACAUAUUGAGUGUUUUUAAUAUAAAUUUGAACCUUUACUUUUGAAUGGAUGUUCAAAUAAAAGUUUGUUUAUUUUUCUAUGUUAUUUAUUUCCGAACACCUUUUACAAAAACAUGUAAGAAUAUACAUUAUUUACAUCAAAUUUACAACUUAGCAACCCACAGUUAAUACUAUACAAGGAUCGUAUUUGAUAUCACAAAUAGAAAAACAUCAAAACACAACAAUAAAACUAAAUGCCUAUUACUUCCUCUGUAUAUAUCCUUCGGAGAACAUUUUCUGCACGUUUUGUAAAUAAAUCAUAUAUUUAAAGUUAUAAUUGAAACGAAACUGAAUUCAGCACGCGUUAUAUAUAUUUUUAUAAAAAAACACAAC